GGGGUCCAUCUAUCCCAUCAUCCACCAUCGCAUUUGCACCGGCCGUCUCCUUUUCGCUCGUUUCCUUGCACGACAACUCAUAGUCGGAGCUCCACCCGCGUCCAAGAUCUCUUUAAUAGACGGGCAAGAACGAAGGAUCUACCGCGGACAUUCUGAAAGAGGGGUCUCUCGACAAGCGCAGACGAAGAUGGACUUGUCGCUCGCAAUGAACGCCAGUACGGAAUCCCUCGCGUCCAACUCAUCCUCCCACUCGCACAACUCGGUGCACUCGAACCCCCUCCCAUCAUCCUCUUCGUCGGCCGCCGCUGCAUCGCAUUCGCAUCCCCUCGCCCACCAUGCGCACACUCUGCCAGCUAUCCCCAUCUGCCGCCCAUCGCUCUCGCUCACCUCCUCCAUGGGGCUCAACUCCGGGCUGGACGACUCCUCGGAACACACCGCGAAACCGGGCAACGCCCACGUCCACACGGCGUUCCACUCCCAGUCUCUGCCGCUGCCGCAUGCGCGCGGGCACGGAGAGCAGCGGCUGCUCGCCAUGGGCGACGGAGUGGGGUCGGACGAGGAUGCGCGGAUGCAGCAGUACCUGAACGGCAUGCCGGCCGAGUCAACGGCGCAUGAUGCCACCAUGAACGGCGCCUUGAGCCGGCCCUUGUCCAACGUCGAAGCGGAGCGUCUGACGUAUCUGGACCGCCUGAAGUUCUUCCUCGCGACGGCGCCGAGUCGGUGGGAUGUGGAGGAUGAAAGCGUUCCCCAUCUCGGGCACACUAACUCCAACCCAAUUACAUCGACGUCGCACCCGGCGCUGAACCGCUUCUUGCUACCGACUCAAGAGUAUGUGAGCUGCGUGCUGUGGAACGGACUCUUCCAUAUCACGGGGACGGAUAUCGUACGGGCCUUGGUGUUCAGAUUCGAGGCUUUCUCGAGACCUGUACGCAAUAUGAAGAAGUUCGAGGAGGGCGUGUUCUCGGACCUGAGGAACUUGAAACCAGGGACGGAUGCUUGUCUAGAAGAGCCCAAGUCGCCUUUCCUCGAUCUGCUCUUCAAGUAUCAGUGCAUUCGGACACAGAAGAAGCAAAAGGUUUUCUAUUGGUUCUCUGUCCCCCAUGACAGGCUCUUCUUGGAUGCGCUUGAGCGAGAUUUGAAACGAGAAAAGAUGGGCUUGGAACCUACCACCCAGAUCACGGGCGAGCCGGCACUGUCUUUCACAUACGACUUGAAAAAGUCGCUCUACGAGCAGUUCGUGCUCAACCGGGGAAAUGCCGGCAAUACAGGCAGGGAUGAGUCUCCGGCCCCCGGAUCGAGGGCAGCAUCUGUCGCGUCUUCGCAUUCGCAUCAUUCUUCUGCGUCAGAGAGUGGACCGACGCCCUUCUUUGCGACGAUGUUCUCACUCUUCGAGGGCAGCCCAUCGUAUAAGCAACGGAGGAAGAAGACCGCUGGAAAGGCGCCGUCCUCAAAUCUAGGGCCUGGAGGACAGUAUGAGGAAGAGGAACGGAGGGGACGUACGACGGGGAGGGGGUAUCCUGGCAUGGGCCCCGAGCAGUCAACUCCUCUGAGCGCAGCGGACAUGUUCAUCAAGCAGGCGAAGGGACAGCUCGAUGCACCGCCGUACGGUCGAUACGAGAACCCCCAUGUGCAGGCUCUCCAGCAUCAUCAACGCGCGCUAGCCGGCUUCGAUCAACCACACGCCCAUGGGCUUAGUCACGAAGAUGCAAUGCGGGAGGCGUAUGCUGCCAACCAGCAACAAGCAGCGGCCGCCGCGGUUCAAGCUGCCCAAGUGCAAGCGGCUGCUGCUGCCGCGGGUUCUCCCGGAUACGGCGCCACGUCGUUCCCCGCGGGAUAUAAUGCCAGCGGGAUGGAGCUCAAGACGAAAGCGUUCGUGUGUCCGCUGUUUUCGUGUGGCCGGCUCUUCAAGCGGAUGGAGCACCUGAGACGGCAUCUGCGCACGCACACGAUGGAACGGCCGUUUGCUUGUCAGCGAUGCAAUAAGCGAUUCUCGAGGAGCGAUAAUCUCAACCAGCACGUGCGAACACACCUGCGAACGGACGGGAUCCCUGGGGCAGCUGAGGGGUGGGCUGCGAGCGCGAGUGGUGGCGAGGACGAUAUGGAUGACAGCGGCGGGGACGGCGAAGAGAUCGACGAGCUGGCUGGUGACGAUGAUUCCAACGGCAUCGGCAUCGGCGCCGGCUUGGGCAUGUUCGGUGGAUCGCACGGACUCGCCAUGGGCAUGGGCAUGGUGAAUGCCCCUGGAGGCCCAGGAUUCGUUCCUGGCCAAAACUUGGACAUGCAGAUGUGCGAGGUGGAGGUUCCUGUGAGCGACGUGCAGGAGGUCACUGGUGACGAGGAGGGCCUGAUGAUGCGCACGACCGGCAACAAGUACAAUAACGGCUACAGCGACGAUGGGCAGUGGGCGAUGAGGUCUGCGAGUCCGGCGUAUAGUACGAUGAGCGUGCCAUCCUCGCCACCUCCAUCAUUGACGCGUACGACGGCCCAGUACCCGGCCUCGCGGCACCACCACACGUCGUCGAAUGGGUCCAUGUACGACGACUACGUGACCUCGAUUUCGGCACCGUCCCAUAAGCAGGCGUUCGAUCAUAGCUCGCUCUAUCCGCCGGGGAUGAUGGUCGACUCUAAUCCGGGACCCAUUCGGAGGCACCGGAGCAUGACGCCGUCUUUGGUUCGCGGGGGAGAGUCGAUUCGGCGUCCCCUGACCUCUAACAGCGGCGACUUCGUCGGGUCCCCUGGGCGGGGAUACCACCCCUACGCAUAUAGCGGCAGUGGCAACUCGAAUUCUGGAUCCAGAGCAGGCAGCACGCACUCCAGCCCUUCGUUCAACAACAUCCCCCUUGCGUCGGAUUAUGGCCUGCGGCGGUCAGAGUCCCGGAACUCGAAUCUGAGCAGCAGCAGCGACAUGCAUAUGAUGGACGCGCAGUUCUCUGGGCAGGAGUUUCUGCGGUCCGAGUCGCCUGCGGGCACUUUCAUCACGAACUCUCCGCGGCCGUUUACGAGCUCGCCGGGGCUGUACACGUCGGAGUUGCCGUAUGAGACGAAUUCAUAUCCGCAUCACUCGCAGACUGUGCCGGCGCAGUUUGACAAAAGCCUGUUCGUGGCGGACUUUAGCUCGAACGCCAGUGAUGGCUAUGUCGGGGGCGGUGGUGGUGGGUAUCCGCAUCCCCAGCAUGUCAGUACUAUCUAAUCAUGUAUUCACUAAAACCACCCACCUGUACGCUCGCUAUCGAUGUAUUGACCUCUCUUGUCGUAGUAUAAUUGCUUCUUCUUGCUCAUAUCUAUUCCAACUAUUUAUUGUUUUGAUUCUAUCUACGACGCCUAUUACUUACUACUAGCCCUUAUUUUGUGUUUAUAACAGUAGUGCAUAAUCAAGGCAUCCGGCGGGUUUGGUUCGCCACACAAGUGGAUUGUCAGCAGCACGUG